AUGGCCGGAUUCGGGCGCUAUACCCUCAGCCUCCUAGCUAUCUGCUGCCUGCUCAUCCUCGCCAUGUAUGUGGACAUCUUCGGCUUCAGCGUGGCACUCCCUGCCGCCGCCUGCGACCUUGGUCUCUCCACUAACCAACAGGCCAUGCUGUCUGCUGCGCCUUUGAUUGGUGUAAUGACGUCGUCCUACGCAUGGGGCCUGUGUGCCGACACGCUGGGCCGGCGCUCCACGCUGCUGGCGGCCAUGACAGUAGGCGCCAUCUUGAAUAUCGCCGCGAGCGUGGCGCCCUCUUACGAGACUCUGGCUCUCAUCAAGUUCUUCUCAGGGGCUUUCACAGCAUCAGCGAACGCUGCAGCCUUCGUGCUGCUAGGCGAGUGCGCGCCGCGCCGCCGCCGCCGCCAGUUCAUGUUCGUCAUGGCCAGCGCCACCAUGUACUCGCAGCUCUUCAUAUGCGUCUUCGCAAUACCAAUCUUCAACAUGCGGUUCCACAUCAGCCUAUCCUGGCUGGACUACCGACCCUGGCGCCUGCUACUCCAGGUCAUCAGUCUACCAGCAGUCGUCGGGGUCAUCGGCCUGGUGUUCUUGCAUGAGAGCCCCAAGUUCCUGAUGAGUAAGGGCAGAGAUGAAGAUGCUAUAGAAGUGCUGAGGGCUAUACAUAGAGCGAACUGUGGUGAGAAGGAGGCUUAUGAGGUGACGUCAGUAUACCUGGAAGAGCCGCCCGUGCCCCGGGCGGUAGGGGGCUCACUAGCACGCCACCUGUGGCACCAGACCGCCCCGCUGUUCCAGACUCCAUUACGGAAGAACAACCUCAUCCUGUACUUCAUGCUGCUGUGUGCUUAUAUGACAUCAACUGGCUUCACGAUGUGGGUGCCGACAAUGACGAAUGCAUUCUUCAACGGUGAGGACAGCUCCGGGAAAUCCUUCUGUGAGGUCGCCAGCACCGCCGCCCUCUCCUCUACAAACAGCACGGACCUAAACUGCGACAGCGUGAUCCAACAAAGCACUCUCUACGCCGUGAUGGGCUACUCUGGAGGUGGCGGCACCCUGACCCUACUCCUGACCUUCAUCGUGGUUCCUAUCGGAGGGAAACGCACGACGAUCCUAGUAUUCCUGAUCUCCGCGGCGGCCGGCCUGACCCUCCUCUUCAUCAGGGUGCCUCUGCUGAGCGUGGCCCUGUUCUACGUGUUUCUCUAUGUUUCCCUGAUACUCGGCACGGCUAAUUCGUAUCUAGUGGACUUGAAUCCCACACAUUUGAGGGGGAUGGUGACAUGUCUCUCGGUGGUGGUGGCGCGAGGGUUCGGGUUCUUCAGUGUGCAAAUAAUCGCAGCUCUCCUGGCUGACCACUGCACCGCCAUGGUCAGUGGCUACAUAUUGCUGGUUAUAGCUGGACUAGCAGUCUCCUUCUUUCUCCCGCCUGAUACAAAAGAAGAAGCCUCGGAAAAUGAGACAGCAGUCACUAGGAUACAGACAGUGGUAGCAAAUGAUGAAAAAACGCGAUUUUAAUUAAAUUUUAGUUUAGUUACUAAUAAAAUAAUAGUUUUUUAUGCUAA